AUAUAGAACAGACAAGGCUGUGCUGGUUUAUAUAACUUUUGCGGUGGCCCAAUAAAACGACUCUACCAUACACUGUGAACAUCAGAAGUAUUUAAAUACCUUACGCCGGAGUAACUUGUAAACAAAUACACACAAACCUUCGUGGUGUGAAGAGUAAACACGGAGCAUACAUUAUACGUUUUUGAAAUAUUAAUACUGUAUACAAGCUUUAUUUAAACAUGGCACGCCGCAUGUUGCUGCUGUUUUGCCUAGUGCUACCAGCAUUAUCUCAUCCUGCAAGACCACCCAUUCCGCAAUGCACUGAGAAGAAAGAGCCUUUUGCAAAUGAAAAGAACAUUGUUUGCAGAGUUGAAGAUGGACAAUUUCUGGAUUACAAUGACAUUCGAAUGUUCAGCAGUGAGCAUGCGAACAAAGUGUUUAAUGUGACUAUUGAGUGUACCAAAGGCGGUGUUGUGGAGCUACCCUGGCCGUAUACAGCCCCAAAUGUCAUCUCCUUGCAGGUAAAGGGUUGCAAAACUACUGGCUUCCUUUCGGAGAGGAACAAAAAAUUGGCAUAUCCCAAUCAGCUGAAAUAUGUGUCUUUGACGGAUGUUACACACAUGAUAACAAUCCCAGACCUUUUUGAAGCCAUCAAGACGGUGGACCAAUGGUCUCCGGAUUACGACUGUGGCGCAGAGAGAGCCUUGGUGCAGAUCUAUAGGAACAUAGGAUACACCUUUCCUCCUUCAUCAAUGAACUCCGUGGACGAAAUGAUGAUGCUUGAGCAACUGAUGGCGGACAAUAACCUUAAGAAGCUUCUUUCUCAUAACACUGUGUGUUAUUAUCAAAACCUCAACUACUUGGAGGAAAGUGGAAGCAGAUCCAUGUCAUCUAUGCACUUUAAGCUGAUGGAAACGACCAUGCAAUACCCCGAGCUCAAACAAUAUUCGCUUAGAAACAACAGCUUCAACGCGGUUCCAGAGGAACUGAAACUGCUGAAUAUUGGGUUCAUCCCAAGACUCUCGAGCCUUGAUUUGUCGGACAAUAACAUCGAGACGCCAGACUUUCGAUUCAGAGGGAAAAGUACGCAUCCAUUGGUUAUUGACCUCAAAAGAAAUCGAAUCGAAAACAUUGACAAAACUGUGUUGAGCCAGCUUGUGAAAGAUGAUAACAUUGUGUUUGAUCUGAGGGAAAAUCCACUCAUUUGCUCAUGUGAGGUGUUUUCUUAUGCACAACAAAUGUUACGAAAUAUUCAGAACCAAAUAUCACAAACCAUAUACCACGAACUAACCUGCACCGAAUCUAAUACGCAGAAACUGGUAUUUGUGAGGGAUGUUGAUUCUGCAAAUUGUAAAUAAACAGUUGUGUGUUGAAAGAGAAAUAUUCUUAAACUGAACUGUGAUAUGUGUCUCUUUCUUACUCACCCAAGUUAUUUGUUUGAUUUUUUGUGUGGUAAUACGAUUAUUUCUAUUGUGAUGCAUGUAAUUUGUGAGGUUUUUUUAUUGCCUAUUUAUAAUUUGCAAAUAGUAUGUAUGCUUUUGACGAUGCUUUAAAGAUCUCACGCAGUCCGAUUUGUAUAAUACCUAUAUUUCUAUCUAGAACAGUGUAUGAAAUAAACAUUAAAUCUGGA